AAUGGCGAGAUUUUUGAACAACCUCAAUGCUCAGCAAUCAGGGCUUGGUCAGAUGGCCGAUAUAUAUCCGUGUAAUGGGACACGACGCCACUGGCACAAGCAGCCGUGACAUUCGGUGUCUUGAAAAAAACACCCACAGCUUGUGAAGUGAAAAGAACAAAAUCUGUGGCUCCUCCGGUCCCAUCGGUGAAAAGGCAAACACCGACACCUCGAUGGGGUGCUCCCCUCGGCCUUCUUCCUCGCCCCGCCCCUUCUCUGUCUCGGUCUUGGCUUCCCCAGCGGCUCCCCGUGACGUGUCUCCGACUCCAGGUGACCUCCUGGGGGCCAGCUUCUCCAUCAUCUGCUCCGUUCUGCGCAGCAAGGCGGUGGUGACACGAGAGCUCCUGCGGGACGUGGUGGGGCGCUGCCGCUAUAGGGUCAACAACCACUUGGACCACAAGUACAAACCACGGCCUGUGAAAGUGAUCAUCUGUUCUGCGAAGAAGAAGAUUGGUGAGGAGAUGGAGUACAGGCUUCUGGGCAAGACCUGUGAGCAUUUCGUCACCGAUCUGAGAUACGGUGUGCCCCACGGCAGGCAGGUCGCUCUCAGGUCCUCAGUUUCCCCAUGUGUAGGAGGAGUUGGAUGGAGGACCUCUGGAGGCCUGCCAGUCUGACCUUCUAGGAUCCUUUGCCUCUAAAGGUAGAUCGUGAUGCCCCCACAGGUCGUCAGGAAGAGUCUGGGCCAACCCAGCACCGUGACUCGUCUCCGAAAAAGAGCACACAGGCAGGGGGUGUGCUCAAGGUCCACGGGCCUAUGUAAUGGCUCAAGCAUUUGUCUAUGUAAGACCUGGGGCACGGGGUCUGCCCCCACCCCUUCAGUCUUCCGCGUUUGUUGUCUCAAAACACACAGCUGAUAAGUGGCAGAGGUGGGAUUCGAACCCCAGCAGUCCUUCUCUGGAGUCUCUGCUCCCUUCCACCGUACAGCGGCACCUCCGGGGCUCCAGGCCCAGUUGAUUGGGUGGACGGGGGCCCCUGGAUGAGACGAGGAUAAGGACGGGAGGAGCAGGUUUGAGAAGGGAAAUCCAGAAUUUGGAUGUGGUGGUGGGUGGCCAGUUAGACCUCCAGGUGGAGAUGUUGAGUCACAGGUGGACCUAGGAGCCUGGCGUUCAGGGCCGAGGUGGGGCUGGGCAUAGAAGUUUCCAGGCUGCACUUGGCAACCAUGCACAGUGAACCCGAAGUACGCUGCCCGUGGCCCUAGUCUCCUGAAGUCUCUCCUCGGCUUUUGGCACAGCCCUCCCUCCGCAGGGGUGUAGCCCCGACUGCAGAGCCGUUCCCAGGCUCAGCCCCAGAGCCCGGGCUCUGGGAGACCAGGCACAAAGCCUCCUCCCUCCCCACUCAGAGUCAGGAACAAAUGUUCUCACCCAGCACGCUCACACGAAAGGAUCCCAUCCGCCCAUCCUGCCAGGUGUCAGGACAAACCCUGACAAGCUCACCAGUAAGAAGCGUUCACAACCCCAUCUCCCGGGGCCCCUCUGACUCAUCCAGCAUCUUCCUGGGCUGGCCAGCUCAGAGGGCAGGAGGAUGAGGAGACUCCAGGCCCUUGGAAGAGAGGGAGAACUGGCCUGCAUUUGCGGUGGAUGUUGAACAUGGGCUAUUCACUUUCACGUGGAACAUACCCUGAUUGGAGGAGGGGUGUCCCUGGGACUCGGCAUUCUAGGCAUGGUUGGCUACUCGCUUGUGAAGACAUGAUCCCAAAAGCAAUGACAGCCCGAAGGAGCCCCAAAUCCUUCAGCUGCAGAGACCAGCGGAGACACCCCAUGGCUCCUCUGUCUACCGGACCCUCAACCUCCAGCAACCUGUCGUUCUGUCUCUCCCUCUCCCUCUCUCACUGGCUGAAGGAUGGGCUAAUUGUGCCAAGACCAAUGAAUCAAGUAAAUGUAUCCUCAAGAAGGACUUCCACUAUAUUUUUGUAGACUUCUGAACCAGAAAGGAAGGAAGGAACACUACUUCGACACCUGUGGGGUUCUCCCUGCAAUUUCUAGCUGAGUGACCUUGAGAAAAUCUCUGGACUGCCAGAGCUUCAGUCCCCCUUCUCUGGGACGGGGAUAAG